CAAAAACCCACUUAAAAUAAACAACAGUUGAGUUUUAGUCGAAGCCCAAAGCAGCAUCUGGUUGCUUUUCUCCUCCAGCGUCAAGAAGAUGUUUGCAACGAUGCUGAAGGUAUUUCCAGUUCUGGCCAUCCUUACAGGUCAUGUCAGCAGUGUUGUGGUGACCGUCCCUGAGAAGAUAGUGAACGUCAGUACAGGCGGCAACGCAACCCUUCUCUGUACAUAUACAAGUUCUGGAUCGCUGGGAAACUUCUUUAUCCAGUGGAGCUUUUACAGUGCCAAAGAGACCCAACUGCACACCAUCUACUAUUAUUCAGAAGGCCAGUCUUACUCCUAUGGAGAGUUUAAGAACAGGAUAACAGCUGCAACAGGUCCAGGGAAUGCAUCAAUAACAAUCUCCAACAUGCAGCCCUCAGACACUGGUUCCUACACCUGUGAAGUUUUCAGCCCACAGGGUGAUGCUGGACAGAGUCAAAAAUCUGUGAUUGUCAAUGUGCUGGUAAAACCAUCAACACCUUUCUGCAAAAUAGAAGGAACUCCUGAAAAAGGCCAUCUAGUCUACCUUUUAUGCAGAUGUGAGGAAGGAUUGCCUCACCCUACCUACCGCUGGUACAAAGUAGCUGACAAUACCCUAAAGCCUGUGACUGAACAGCUCAAUCCAAACACUGGCAUUCUUUACAUUGGCAAUCUCACCACCUUUGAAACUGGGUAUUAUCGGUGCGUAGCCAGUAACAUCCUGGGGAACAGUACCUGUGAGCUUGACCUAACUACGAACUAUUCAGACGGCGGCAUUGUUGCUGGAGCAUUAAUUGGAGCAGUUCUUGCAGCUACUAUCAUUUGCAUUAUUGUUUGGGUCUUAAGCAAGAAGGCAAAAAAGACUAAGAAGACAUCAAGUAACGAGAUGCAAGAAAUGGCUCAGAAACAAUCCAAUGCAGAGUAUGUUCAGGUACCUAACGAAGAAAACAUUCCUCCAACCACAGUUCCACCAAGCAACGCAACAAAUGAAUACCCUAGUGUUGAUGAAACAGCAGCCUCUGGAACACUUCAGAAUGAUGAGAAGCAAGAAGCAGAAAAAGAAGAAACAGCCUAG